AUGAAUGACAACUUUUCAUCCGUGGUCAUCACGAAGAAUGAGGAUACCAACAACUAUGAAACUAGAUUCCUAGAUGAUGUAGUUGUACCUGAGCGCGAGAAUUUCCGGUUCCGCAAGCUUGUGUCAAACAAGAGAAAACGAAGAAGCUCGACGAUUGUAGAUCAAAUGGGAGGAGAAUUUCGGUUGCAAGCGCUCGUGAUGUACCUCUCCCAACGAGUUCUUGGCGAUUCGAGGUUAUCCUCAGUCUUUGGGUCCUUUUCAUUGAAAGCACUAGCGCUCUUGCUUGGGGAUAUGAUGUGGUACGCUCUGGAUGAUUCGUUUGAUGCAUGCAUUGAAGAGAAAAAGCACCUCAAAUCGAAGUUGCUAAAGAAGCUUUGUCGCCUGGGACUUAUGGAUGAAGCUGAAUACUUCGAUAUACUGGCAGAACACUUCCUUAACUCAAUGCGCAUGUGCAGCUUCAGAAACACCAGAAUAAUUACCCAACUCGGAGAUCGUUUCUUGUCGCUCAGAGCAGCCCUGCAAGAGGUCGCUGAUCGAAUAGCAGUGAAAACGACGAAGUUCCCAGCAACGCUAUUUGCUUUCCUUCGAAAUCCAAUAUCAUGGUGUACAACGCAAAGCCAUCGAAGCGUGAUUUCUGAUUCGCACCAAUCUUGA